AUGGAGGAAUAUAAGGUGCACUUCCGUCAUUUGAUGGCUUUUUAUUUUCGAAAGGGAAAAAACGCUACAGAAACAGCACGGAAGAUUUCUGCCGUUUAUGGAGAAGGUUCUGUUGCUGAAAGUACCGUGCGAAAAUGGUUUGCUCGCUUCAAAAGUGGCAAUUUUGAUUUGGAGGACCGAGAAUGUUCUGGUAGGCCUUUAGUUGCCGAUAACGAUUUAAUCAGAACACUAGUGGAAAAUAAUCCACGGCAAACAACACGGGACAUCGCAGAGAUAGCCCACAUAUCCCACACGACCGUUGUGAAUUGUUUAAAGGCCCUCAGAUUCGUAAGUCGUUACGAUGUCUGGGUGCCGCACGACCUGACGGAGAAAAACAUAAUGGAUCGCAUUUCCAUAAGCGAUUCACUCCUGAAGCGAAAUGAAAAUGAUCCAUUUUUAAAACGGCUAAUAACGGGUGAUGAAAAAUGGGUCCUCUAUAACAAUGUGCAGCGAAAGAGAUCAUGGGAAAAACAAAAUGAGGUACCAUCAACGAUUGCAAAAGACGGUCUUCACCCAAAAAAGGUCAUGCUAUGCAUUUGGUGGGAUUGGAAAGGUGUCCUAUACUACGAACUGUUACCGUAUAACAGAACGAUAAAUUCCGAUACAUACUGUGCCCAACUGGACCGUUUGAAGACAGCUAUUGACGAAAAACGACCGGAAUUAGCAAAUCGAAAAGGUAUCGUGUUCCAGCACGACAACGCCAGACCGCACGUCUCGAUACAAAUAAGACAGAAGUUGUUGCAGCUUGGGUGGGAUGUUCUUCCCCAUCCGCCAUAUUCACCUGAUCUGGCGUCAUCAGAUUUCCACCUAUUUCGAUCCCUACAAAAUUUUCUAAAUGGAACAAAGGUCAACUCCAUAUAA